AGACCAUGAUGGCGGCGGCCGCGGCGGCGGGGGGAGCCUCCGAAGUGAUCGCUCAGCUGGAGAGCGCGGCCAAAGUGCUGAUGGCACCACCCUCCAUGGUCAAUAACGAACAACGUCAGCACGCCGAACACAUUUUUUUAUCGUUUAGAAAAUCAAAAUCGCCGUUUGCAGUUUGCAAACAUAUUUUAGAAACUAGUAAAGUGGACUAUGUCCUUUUUCAAGCUGCCACAGCGAUAAUGGAAGCAGUUGUACGAGAAUGGAUUCUGUUGGAAAAAAGCAGUAUAGAAUCACUACGAACAUUCCUUUUAACGUAUGUCUUACAAAGGCCAAAUCUCCAGAAAUAUGUGCGGGAACAGAUAUUAUUAGCAGUAGCAGUAAUAGUGAAACGAGGGUCUUUAGACAAAUCAAUUGACUGCAAGAGCAUUUUUCAUGAAGUCAGCCAGUUGAUAAGCAGCGGCAAUCACACAGUGCAAACUCUGGCCUGUUCCAUUUUAACCGCAUUGCUAAGUGAGUUCUCAAGUUCAAGUAAAACCAGCAACAUUGGAUUAAGCAUGGAAUUCCAUGGCAAUUGCAAACUAAUAUUUCAGGAGGACGAUCUCCGCCAGAUUUUUAUGCUCACAGUAGAGGUACUACAGGAAUUCAGCCGGCGUGAAAAUCUUAAUGCUCAGAUGUCUUCGGUCUUUCAGCGUUACCUUGCACUAGCCAAUCAGGUCUUAAGCUGGAAUUUUCUUCCUCCAAAUUUAGGCAGACAUUAUAUAGCUAUGUUUGAAUCCUCACAAAAUGUGAUGUUAAAGCCAACAGAGUCCUGGCGUGAGACCCUCCUGGACAGCAGAGUGAUGGAGCUUUUCUUUACAGUACAUCGAAAAAUUAGAGAAGACACCGAUAUGGCACAAGACUCUCUGCAGUGUUUAGCCCAGCUAGCCUCUCUUCAUGGGCCAGUCUUUCCAGAUGAAAGCUCUCAAGUUGAUUAUUUGGCUCACUUCAUUGAGGGAUUGCUCAAUACGAUCAAUGGGAUUGAGAUAGAAGAUUCUGAAGCUGUGGGCAUAUCCAGUAUAAUCAGCAAUUUGAUCACUGUAUUUCCUCGCAAUAUAUUAACAGCCAUUCCAAAUGAACUUUUCUCUUCAUUUGUUAACUGCCUCACACAUCUCACUUGCUCUUUUGGAAGAAGUGCUGCCUUGGAAGAAGUUCUUGACAAAGAUGAUAUGGUAUAUAUGGAGGCAUACGACAAGCUCUUGGAAUCAUGGCUUACCUUGGUACAAGAUGAUAAACAUUUCCACAAAGGCUUCUUCACUCAGCAUGCUGUUCAGGUUUUUAAUUCUUACAUCCAAUGCCACUUAGCUGCUCCUGAUGGUACAAGGAAUUUGACUGCCAAUGGUGUAGCUUCCAGGGAGGAGGAAGAGAUAAGUGAGUUGCAGGAGGAUGACAGAGAACAAUUUUCUGAUCAGCUGGCCAGCAUAGGCAUGUUAGGAAGAAUUGCUGCCGAACACUGUAUACCUCUUCUUAUCAGUUUGUUAGAAGACAGAGUGACAAGGCUUCAUGGCCAGUUACAAAGGCAUCAGCAAUUAAUAAGUUCAGCUGGAUCGAGCUCCAUUGACAGUAAAGUGCUUGAUGACUUGUAUGAGGAUAUUCAUUGGCUUAUUCUAGUCACAGGCUACCUCUUAGCUAAUGAUACUCAGGGAGAGACUCCGCUAAUACCUCCAGAAAUAAUGGAGUAUUCCAUUAAGCAUUCAACUGAGGUUGACAUCAAUACAACGCUUCAAAUUCUUGGAUCUCCAGGAGAAAAGGCCUCUUCCAUUCCAGGGUACAACAGAACCGAUUCUGUUAUUAGGUUAUUGUCUUCUGUUCUAAGAGUUUCGGAAGUGGAGUCUCGAGCAAUAAGAGCAGAUCUUACGCACCUUCUGAGCCCGCAAAUGGGAAAAGAUAUUGUGUGGUUCCUCAAACGCUGGGCAAAAACCUAUCUCCUCGUAGAUGAAAAACUAUAUGACCAGAUAAGCUUGCCAUUCAACACCGCAUUUGGUGCUGACACUGAGGGUGCCCAAUGGAUUGUGGGCUACCUUUUAGAAAAAGUAAUCAGCAAUCUUGCAGUGUGGAGUUCUGAGCAAGAUCUUGCCAAUGACACUGUGCAGCUACUAGUAACUUUGGUAGAAAGGAGAGAGAGGGCAAAUUUAGUAAUUCAGUGUGAAAACUGGUGGAACUUAGCAAAACAGUUUGCCAGACGGAAUCCCCCUCUUCACAUUCUAUCCAGUUCAGUGCAACGUACAUUAAUGAAAGCCUUAGUUCUUGGAGGUUUUGCUCAUAUGGAUGGAGAUACCAAACAACAGUACUGGACAGAAGUUCUUCAGCCACUGCAACAACGAUUCUUAAAUGUGAUAAACCAAGAAAACUUCCAACAAAUCUGCCAGGAAGAGGAGGUGAAACAGGAAAUCACUGCCACCUUAGAAGCACUUUGUGGUAUUGCUGAGGCUACCCAAAUAGACAAUGUAGCAAUUCUCUUUAAUUUUCUGAUGGACUUUCUUACAAAUUGCAUUGGACUAAUGGAAGUGUACAAGAAUACACCAGAGACUGUUAACCUCAUCAUAGAAGUUUUUGUUGAAGUUGCACAUAAACAAAUAUGCUAUCUUGGAGAGUCUAAAGCCAUGAAUUUAUAUGAAGCUUGUCUGACCCUACUUCAAGUAUACUCCAAGAAUAAUUUAGGUAGACAACGAAUAGAUGUUACAGCAGAAGAGGACCAAUACCAGGAUCUUCUUCUCAUUAUGGAGCUUCUCACAAACCUACUUUCAAAAGAAUUUAUAGAUUUCAGUGAUACAGAUGAAGUGUUUAGGGGACAUGAACCCGGGCAAGCAACAAACAGAUCUGUAUCAGCAGCAGAUGUUGUCUUAUAUGGAGUGAACCUAAUCCUGCCUUUAAUGUCUCAAGAUUUGUUAAAGUUUCCAUCACUAUGUAAUCAAUACUACAAACUAAUUACUUUUAUUUGUGAAAUAUUUCCUGAGAAAAUUCCACAGCUUCCAGAAGAUUUGUUUAAAAGCCUUAUGUAUUCAUUAGAAUUGGGGAUGACAUCAAUGAGUUCAGAUGUUUGCCAGCUCUGCUUAGAAGCUCUGACACCAUUAGCAGAACAAUGUGCAAAAACACAGGAAUCAGAGUCAUCCCUUUUUUUAGCAACGAGACACUUUCUUAAGAUGGUUUUUGAUAUGCUGGUACUGCAAAAGCACAAUACAGAGAUGACAGCUGCAGCAGGAGAAGCAUUUUAUACAUUAGUAUGUUUGCAUCAGGCAGAAUAUUCUGAAUUAGUUGAAACUUUACUAUCAAGUCAGCAAGAUCCCAUAAUUUACCAGCGGUUAGCAGAUGCUUUCAACAAACUUACUGCAAGCAGCACUCCGCCUACGCUGGACCGUAAGCAGAAGAUGGCCUUCCUCAAAAGUUUAGAAGACUUUAUGUCAAAUGUUGGUGGUCUUCUCUGUGUAAAAUAAAUACCAGAACUGUAUGCCUAACUUAGACCCUUUUUGCAAAAUGCACUGAAAAAUGCUGAAAGCUGACUUAAGCUUAAAUGCCUGUUGCUGGGUUUUUUGCAGCCACCUAAAAUUUCAGAGCCUGGAAGUUUUGAGCAGUGGAAUAAGAGAUGUCAACUCUAAAAUCAGCUUCUGCUAAUAUGUGUUAGUCAUCAUCUGUCAUACACCUUUUAUGUUGUACAGAAUAAACAGAAAAACUGAAAUGUUUAAAAGAAUUCCACAAGUGCAUACAGACAUGGGCACAGUAAACAAAACAAA